CCUAAUUGUUGUGAUAAACUUAUUAAAUAGUUUCUCAUGACUGCGUAUGGCUCAUGAGGCUACGGAUUUGAGGAAGGGCAGGCCGAGUGUUAGUCUCUUCUCUGUCCAAAACGUAUCUGCACGUGGUCUGACGAGAAAGACCCUCUUCGGAACUUCGGAACCGUUCGUGCGACUGCUUGUUCUGCCCGAUCAGGAUAAUGUGUGUAGCGGCUAUGAGAAGAUACAGUCAAUUGAACAGUUGGCAGCUACCACACCCACAGCCUCAAGCAGUUCUAGUCCAAAUUGGAGUGACAAGUUCGUGGUGAAGGUUGAUGAUGCCAACUGCUGGCUCUUCGCGGAAGUCCUUGAUCACUCUAAACUGGUUGCAGGGAAAUCCCUCAUUCAGAGUUCCUAUGGAUACUGUGCAUAUCACGUGAACUUCUUGAAAAGCGCCGGCAGUGAAGCUAGAUCCUACGAGAGCCAAUUAGUCGCAAGGCGAGGGUCGAAAACCAAGGCUAAAGGAAGUAUAUCCAUUUCCGUGAAAAAAAUAGAGCCAAAUGCUUUUCAACGUGAAGAUAUGGAAUGCAACAAGGUCUUUAGAUGUGACCCUGAAGUUAAUGCAGAAGAAGGGUGGAUCGAAUCUAGAUUGGACUCUGAAGAGCUGCCAUCUGGUUGGGAAGGGAGAAAGGACCAAAAUGGGAGAGUGUAUUACCUCAAUCAUGCCACUCGAACGACUCAGUGGAAUAAGCCUUCUUUCUCAGAUAGCAGCGCAAAAAAUCACAUUUCAAGUAGAAGCAGUGGUGGUGGUGAAAGACAGAUACGUGCCGCUAGGACUCAAGUGUGCGAAGAAACGGGAGAUGGCGGUUUAGAGAACGGAGAACUAAGUUCAAUCGAUCAGAAAGUAAACGAUGAUGCAUCAUGGAUCAAUGAGCGUGAACGCAACGCAAAUGUCAACAGAGAGUUGAAUGUCAAGACUGAAAACGAAGGGGCAGGUGGAGGGGGUGAUGAUUUGCCUCCGGGUUGGGAAAUGCGAGCGGCCAAAAACGGAAGAGUUUACUUUGUUGAUCACGUGAACGAAAUUACCACCUGGGUAGACCCCAGAUUAGGCGUGAGGUCACGAGAGGGCAAUUCUUCAGCGGCCAAUGCGCAGCUGGUGCUGGACAUACUAAUGGGCACAAGAGGAGGAGUUGUAGCAGGAAAUAUUGCGGUGUCUGAUUCUAACAGCACAAGUGGUUCUGAUGCCGGAGUGAGUCAUCCUGUGAAAGUGCUGCCUGCUGGUUGGGAGGAGAGAGCUACUAAAGAUGGCAGAGUGUUCUACGUCGACCACAACACCCAGACCACCAGCUGGCAGGACCCUCGACUGCUGAUGGAGGGACCUGCGGUGCAAUUCAACCCCAACUACAAGUCCAAGUACAAGGCAUUCAAAGCCAAACUCAGGAAAGCGCCGAGCAGCAGUGCCCAUUGUGUGAUUCGAGUGACGAGGGCUAACCUGUUGGAAACGUCCUUUGACUCCAUCUGUCGCAUAGUGAAGGAUGACCCCUCCAGGUUGAGAUGCAAACUGUGGGUGGAGUACGCGGGCGAACAGGGAUUGGACUAUGGAGGCAUGUCAAGAGAGUGGUUCCAAGACGUGUCUUGUCAGAUGUUGGAUCCCUACUACGGCUUAUUCGAGUAUUCUGCUGCCGACUCCUCCUACUCCCUCCAGAUAAACCCCCUCAGUGCACUGUGUUGUGGCAGAGACCAUCUCAAGUACUUCUCAUUCGUGGGCACCGUAUGCGCCAUGGCCAUAUAUCACGGAAAGCUAAUCGACGGCUACUUCGUGAAAUCAUUCUACAAGACGCUGUUGGGCAAAGAAGUUGUAUUAGAAGAUCUGGAAAGUGUGGACAUUCGCUACUACCAGUCGAUGAAAAUGUUGCUGGAGUGUGGGGAGGAAGAGUUGGCGGAGAUAGAGGCCGACUUCACCCUUUCCGAACACCAACUAGAAGGUGGACGGGCACCUGCUCGAACAGUGUCUCUGCUGCCCAAUGGAAAUGAAAUACCAGUCACUAUCCAUAACAGAGAACAAUUCGUUCAACUAGUGCUGCAGUACAAACUAGUGGAGCAGGUGCAAUCUCAAAUGGAGGCAUUUCUCAGUGGCUUCUCACUGGUCGUCGAUCCCUCUCUACUCAAAUUGUUCGAUGAGACAGAACUGGAGUUGCUCAUGGCUGGACUGCCACAAGUCAAUGUCAAAGACUGGAAAGACCACACUCUCUACAAAAGAGGCUAUAGCGAAGAGCACGAGGUGAUCCAGUGGUUCUGGCGAGUGGUGCUGGACUACUCAGAUGAAGAGAGGUGUCGACUGCUGAAGUUUGUCACUGGCACUUCCCACCUGCCUCUGCACGGCUUCUCUGAGCUACAGGGCAGUGAUGGGCCACAGAUGUUCACGAUUCAACGCAGUGACACCCAAACAACCACUGCGCAGCACCUGCCCAAGGCACACACGUGUUUCAACCUUCUGGAUCUACCGCGCUACCGCAGCUACAGUGAAAUGAAGAGCAAACUGACAAUGGCAAUCAAUCAUUCAUCCGAAUUCGCAAUUUCCUAACACAGCUCAGACUAGAAAAAUAUUCUAUGUUUAAAAAAUACUGUUGUUUAUAUCUUCCAAUUAGACUUAGACUUAGAUUUAAUUGAAUAACGAGUCAUUUUCUGUUGUCGAACAUAUUUUUUGCAGGAUGAUUUUAAGGUAGUGUUUUUGCAGGUUGACUUUUGAAAUAAAUGUUUUUGAAGACCAGCCCUGAAAAACCGUGAAAUUUGAAAAGAACUAAAUUGAAUCAGCUUUAAAAAUGACGGUUUUUCUGCUUCUGAGUUCAUUAACACCCAUGCAACGGUCUGUUGCUCUUCGUAAAACGCUAUAGAAAGACAAUUUUAAUCUUUAUUGCGUAAGUUUCAAUUUCGCAGUAAUUUAAAUUUUGUUGUUAGAACCAUAAAAAUUUUGAUAUAUUUAAAUUGUGUAUGAAAAACAGUGUUUUUCUCAACUUCAGAUGAUUGAGAUUAAGUCCAAUUCUGGAUGAUGCAUAAAAAGCGAUAGCCUUGCCUUGUUUAAUAAGUAUUUGAAAAAGCUAGUUGUAUAAUUUUCAACCGCGACUGCGAUUUGCUCGAAGUGAAAAAAAAACUUGUUGUGAAAACUAUGGCUGUUCUAAAGUUGCAAUAGCUGUUAAAGGUGUCUUA